GUUUGUUCGCGUCGCAUGCUCCAACCUCCAACCAGGCCCGCCUCCAACGCCGGGGUCGCCGGGAGCCAAAUGUGCAUCACUGUUUGUAGGUGGGGGUCACUAGUGACUGAGCGAUUCCUGUUCGUGCAAAUUUCUCCAAACCAAGCUCAAUGAAUCCGGCGCUUGUUAUCUCCCCGUAAAAAAUGUUUGUGGUAGGGAAAACCUGUGCGCGGCGAGGCGACCCCGGCCGUGUGAUUUGCGUGCAGUUCAAGUUGACGUGAAACGCUAGUGACCCUCUAAGAAUUUUUUAGACAAAAUGGAUAAAGUUAAAGAGGCGAGACACGUUAUUUUACAAGACAGCGAAGUUGACAUUUUUGGAGGAGAAACAGACAGCGAUGAGGACUUUAUAUUAUCGGAAAGCGAAGUCGAAAGCGAAGAAAAUGGACUUGACUAUGAUGACGACUAUGAAUGCAGUUCGAAGAAAACUCGUGCUGAAGAGGAAGUAGAGCAACAUGAACCAUCUUCUAGCUCAGAUCGUCCGAGACAGUAUCUUUACGGAAAAGACAACUACAAGUGGCUUACGAAAGCUCCUGAAUCAGAAGGUCCAGACCGACUGACAGCGUUUGACAGACAUGCCCGCCAACGAGGAUACCUCCAACGACGAGACGUCGUUGCGAAUGAAACACGAAAGAGCCGGUCCAUCCGAGUCUUCGUGGCGGAAGAUGUCCGAGGAACGUCCACGGGUAAAUCCCUCGUCGACCCCGAAUCUGCCGGGUCUCGUUAACGGCAUCGAAGAACGAAAAGGAGCCGAGAAACGGGAUUUCCGCAGCAUGCCGCGUCGGGACGCUCACGAGAAGCUCUUCAGGGACUUCUUCGAGCUUGUGCUGCAGCGUGCCGUGUUCCAGCCCACCUCUGGGGAGGAUCGCGUGGUCGAAUGGGUUGAUCCUUACCAUCUACGCUCCGUGGUCGACCUCUCAUUGCCAGCCGAGGGUGUCAGUCAUGAGGAGUUGCUAACACUGACGCGUGACAUCAUCAAGUACAGCGUGAAAACGGGCCAUCCGCACUUCGUGAACCAAUUGUUCUCCAGCCUGGACCCGUACGGGUUGCUGGGCCAAUGGCUGACCGAUGCACUCAAUCCAUCCGUCUAUACCUACGAGGUAUCUCCGGUGUUCUCUCUGAUGGAGGAGGAUGUUCUGCGAGAGAUGCGCGCCAUCAUUGGCUGGCAAGGCGGUGAGGGUCUCUUCUGUCCUGGAGGCUCCAUGGCGAACGGAUACGCCAUCAAUCUGGCGCGUCAUCAUAGAUAUCCGAAUCUGAAGCAAUCCGGAUUAUCGCAGAUGCCACGACUGGUGGUGUUCACUUCGGAGGAUGCGCACUAUUCUGUGAAGAAGCUCGCCGCAUUUCUGGGAAUCGGCUAUGAUAACGUAUAUCUGGUCAAGGUCGACUCUCGUGGCAAAAUGAUGAUCUCCGAUUUGGAGGCUCAGAUCGCCCGAGCAGUCGAGGAGGGCGCCGCGCCGCUUAUGGUAUCCGCCACCGCGGGUACCACCGUGAUAGGCGCGUUUGAUCCCCUGAGAGAGAUCGCAGAAGUCUGCAAGAAACAUGGACUAUGGUUUCACGUAGAUGCCGCGUGGGGCGGAGGUGCACUUGUCUCCAGGACGUACCGCGGCCUCCUGAACGGCAUCCAGUUCGCCGACUCCGUCACCUGGAACCCCCACAAACUGCUCGCCGCGCCGCAGCAGUGUUCCACCCUGCUGCUCCGUCAUGAAGGUUUGUUACAAGCGGCGCACGGCUGCGGGGCGAGCUACCUUUUCCAAAACGACAAGUUCUACGACGCGUCGUUUGACUGCGGUGAUCGCCACGUGCAAGGCGGCCGCCGCGCCGACGUCGUCAAAUUCUGGUACAUGUGGAAGGCGAAGGGCACGCGCGGCCUCGAGGCCCACGUCGACCGCUUGUUCGCGCUUUCGCGCCACUUUACCGAUCUCAUCAGGACACGCGAUGGCUGGCACUUGCUUGUCGAGCCGGAGUGUAUCAACGUUUGCUUCCGCUACAUUCCGCCGUCGAAGAGGCACCUGGCCGGCCAGGAACUCGAGCAGACGCUUCACAAGAUCGCGCCGAUAAUUAAGGAACGUAUGGUACGAGCAGGAACAAUGUUGAUUACGUAUCAGACAUUGGGAAAUAUGCCGAACUUCUUCAGAUUGGUGCUGCAGAACUCGGGACUAACGGAGGCUGAUAUGAAGUUCUUCGUUGAGGAAAUAGAAAAGCUCGCCAUGGACCUUUGAUUAGUUCAAUCAAUACGAUUAGUAAAUAGCAAGUACUGUAAAUAGUGAUAUAGACUGUGUAUUACUAGCUUAAGAAUUAUUUGCACUUGGUAAAUCAACGUGUGAUUCGUGUUGAGAGAGAACAAGAAAUAAUCAGCGUCUCUCUCAAUUUUCUUUUUAAUUUAUGUAUAACGUGCGC